AUGUCAGAGCCAAUAAGUAUUAAAUUGUUAGUGGUUGGAGAUGGGUCAGUUGGAAAGACUUGUAUAUUAUUAAGGUAAUCGAUAAUCACUCAUAGGAAUCAGCUAUACAACUGAUAAAUUUCCCACAGAGUAUGUCCCAACUGUUUUUGAUAAUUACUAAACAAAGGUGAUUGUAGAUGAAAGGGAAGUUAAUUUAAGUUUAUGGUAUACAUUAUUUUGAGUUAAGGGACACUGCUGGACAAGAGGGAUAUAAUAAUGUCAGAUAAUUAAGCUACGAUAAUACAGAUGUUUUCCUAAUAGUAUACUCUGUAGUGGAGAGUAAUUCAUUCUCGAAUGCAUUACACAAAGUAAUAUUUUUUCUAUUCUUUAGUGGUAUCCAGAAUUGAACCAAGACAAAUUUGAGUAGACACCAAAAAUUCUUGUAGGCAAUAAAAUUGAUAUGAGGAAUGAAGGAAAUUCAAACCAUGUAAAAAAAAAUGCUGUAAAUAAAAAUAAUUAUAACAAAAAGGCUGAAUAAUUAGUAAAAGAUCUAAAAAACUGUUAAUUCUUUGAAGUAUCAGCAUUAACACAAGAAGGUCUUAAGCCAUUAUUUGAUACAGCUAUAUAAAUUGCUUUAAAUAAAAAACUUAAGGCUAUUAAUGACGCCUAAAAACCAAGUCAACCAGCCGAUGAUUCUUAAUGUUGUCAAUUGAUUUGAA